AUGUUGAGAGUCUCGGAUCCAUACUAUGAUCUCUCUCAACAAUUAUUUCAAACGGAUCCCAAAUGCAAGCCUCUCACCUUCAAAGAUCCGAGAAGUAUUGGCGGUUUCAAUGUCUUGAAGGAAUAUUUGAGAGCGACUAAGGACGGUUUUAAAUUUGAGACUCUUGCGCAACAUGAAGUGCUUGGUAUUGGAAAUAAGACCAAUACACUCAUUCCCAAGAUGGCUCUAAUACGGAAUGGGAGAGUGGAGCAUGUGUUUGACCAGGAAUUGCAAGAGAGAGCUCCAGACGUGGUGGGAACAGUGGUCUUGUCUCUUCCUUGGUUAACAGCAAACACUGAAGAAAAUGAAAAACUGGAAGAAUGGUCACAGAUUAGCAGUUGUUCUAAUUCUGUGGGGACGUCAACCGCAGUGAAUCUAAGAGAAAUGGAGCAAAUGAAUGAUCAAUUAAACGCUCUUGUCCAUCCCAAUACCCAAGUCAGCCACCAUUUCGAGGAAGGCUCAAUGGAAUCUAAGACUUGUGGUCAUAAAGAAGAUUUUGAACAACUGCAGGAUAAACAAGAGGAAGUCCAUCAAUCCAGAGUUUACCAAGAAGAGGAAACGCUUGUGAUGAACGAUUCAACACCAGAGACAACACAACCAAUACCCAACACCUCGGCUCAUCCUGAACCAAACCUUCGAGACCUACCCUUGCAUCUUGUUACUACACCAGAAAAAAACGAAGAAUCAAGAGCUGACAAUCUUCCUGUGAUGGUUUUCGAUCCAUCCAUUCUAUCUAAAAACAUUCAACCUGUAAAGAAAGUGAAAAAGAAAUUUGAGUUCGAAGUGAUCACUAAGGAAAGACGAAUUUCGGAUGAGAACGAACAGACAGCUAUUGCUAAAAAAACACUACAAAAGAAGAAGAAGAAACACAAUUGUUGGUCCUCAGCAACAUUGUCACACGCAGAACUGGAGGCAAAAAAGGAAGACUUCACUCUUCAUACUGUGCUGGAUUCUGACGCGAAACGAAAAUAUUUCAAACUAUUUGCUUUUAGAGAACACAACGCUGAAAAUAUCAUGUUUUACGAACAUGUACAACGUUAUAAGCGAAUCUAUCAGAAAACAGUGGAAUGCACAAAUUCUCGUCAAUUAAGCUUGCUCCGAACAACUUUAGAGCAUAAGGCACGAACCAUUGCUCACGAUUAUUUGUUUGAUACUGACAGCUUGAAUUUGCUGAAUACCACAAGCAAGUUGACUGCGGUCGUUGCACAAAAGAUAUCUAUGGAUGGAUUCUUUGCAACAAAAGAAGCUGGUGUUCUGUUUGACCCUAUUGUUUUUGAGAUUAUGGGCACCAUCAUGCCAGAUAUGUUCAUACGAUUUUCAAUUUCUCAAGAGUUCAAGGAAAUGAUUGAGAGCUUAAAUCCCAAGAGAAAAGCAUCCUCAAGAAGCUUGUAA